CGAGUUCCAGCUUUGAUAGACUGUAAGAAACCUCUUUUAACUCCCAUUCCCAUCGACGAAGCCUAAAGGGCCGUCUUCACCCGGCUGCCACUCCUGAACUCCAAAACUUGGUGGCGAAGAUGGUCGAAGUGGCGAGCUCUGUUGUUUACGACGUUUUGGGCCAAAGAGCUCAAGAUGUGGACAAGCCUAUCAUAGAUUACAUCAUUAACGUCCUUGCUGACGAAGAUUUCGACUGGGGCGCCGAAGGAGAAGGCGCCUUCGAGGCCCUUGGGGAGUUGCUUAUUGAUUCCGGAUGCGUUACCGAUUACUCCGAAUGUCGAUCUGUUUGUAGAAGACUCUCUGAAAAAUUUGGAAAUCAUGGGUUGGUUAAACAGAAACAGGCUGUACGAAGCCUUGCAACACCCUUACGGAUGUUUGAUGGAAUGGACGAAGAGGAAGCUCCAAAGAAAAAGCCUCAAGAAUUGGAUGGUCCUGUGUUAUCUGAACGAGACAGGUUAAAGCUUGAAAGACGAAAGAGGAAAGAAGAGCGCCAGAGAGAGGCACAGUACCAAAUGCAUUUAGCAGAGAUGGAAGCAGUUAAAGCAGGAAUGCCUGUGGUAUGUGUAAAUCAUGAUAGCGGGGCAGGUGGUCCUGCUGUCAAGGAUAUCCAUAUGGAGAACUUCAAUGUCUCUGUUGGUGGCCGUGAUCUCAUUAUAGAUGGCUCAGUCACCCUUUCUUUUGGAAGGCACUAUGGUCUUGUUGGCAGAAAUGGGACAGGGAAAACUACUUUUCUUAGACAUAUGGCCUUGCAUGCAAUUGAUGGUAUACCUAAGAACUGUCAAAUAUUACAUGUGGAACAAGAAGUUGUAGGUGAUGAUACAUCAGCCUUGCAAUGUGUUCUUAACUCUGAUGUUGAAAGAACCCAAUUACUGGAAGAAGAAGCCCGUCUACUUGCACUGCAGAGAGAGAUGGAGUUCGAAGGUGCAACAGGAAAGAGUAACAAGAACAUUAAUGGGGGAACCAACAAAGAUAACGUGUCACAGAGGCUUGAAGAGAUAUACAAAAGGCUUGAGUUCAUUGAUGCAUAUUCUGCAGAGUCGCGUGCUGCUUCAAUUCUGGCGGGUGUUGAUGUGAAAUCAGUUAUAUGGGUGCUCAUUUAGGAUUCAAAUGGCCAUUGCCAUUUGUGAGGUACUCAUUUAGCAUAUCCCAUUGGAUUCUCUUUACGUGAACAACAAAAAAAAGCCCACCUAGACAGAAUGUUCAUUAUAUCUACCUUGCUCCUGUCUCUAGAAAUGGAUCUAUUUUUUCUUUACUUGGUUUGUUACUAAAAUUGGUGAGCUUCUUUUAUGAGUUUUCUUUCUUAGUAUUAUAAUUUUUUUUUGAUAAAAGCCAAGUAUUGAUCGUUGAAGAGUGUUGUUUUCUUGGUUUUGAUUGUGAAGAACCAUGAAUUCUUAUUCUUUUGUGAAUUGCAAUUCCAAGUUGAAUGGUGAUUGGUGGGUUCUUAUUCAAUCCAAAAAAUAAUAUAUGUGAUGGAUUUGGGUCAACUCAGCCUAAGGAAUGUGAGGGUUUCCUCAGCUUCAAUCUAUGAUUAAUUUAAAUGCUUAUAAUUUAGCAAUAGAUAAUUAGAUAUUAUAUAUACUAAAUAGAACAAAAAUGGCAAAAUAAGAUUCAUGUUGAGAUGAGGCUCAAGUGAUGAUAAUGAUGAAGAUACAUUUGUCUCACAUACACUUUGGAUGAUAUUGAGGAGAUAUCAUUAAAUGUUGUACAUCAUUAUAUGAUUCAUAUUAGAUCCAUCCUUCUAGAUCUCAUUAUAUAACCAAUAUUUUGGAUGAAACUUGUGAAGAACAUGCUUUAAUUGAUUGGAAAUAAUCAUACUUCAAUUGAGAUUUGAGGUUCCCUUAUAUAAUAACAGUCAAAUUUCAAUAAGAAAGGGUAGGCACAAAAUUUAAAUUGAUAUAGGCUGACAUGUGGCAUGGGUUGGUGCCCAUCCAUUCUCGCCGUGUAUUUAAAUUAUUCCCACAGCACAUCUCCGCCGUGUAUUGGAAAC